AGUGAUCGCUUCCCAACCUGCUCAUUUACAAUGCAUAUUGAGGGAUACGCAAUGAUUUGGUUGUAGCACAUGCUGGCUAUAAAACAAGGAAGCCUGAGAGGGAUGGCUGGAGGAACACACCUUACAGGACACAUGAUGUGAGAAGACAGCAAGGAGACAGCCAUAACAAUCCAGGAUGUCCAUGCUAUCACCUAUCCUGAGUCCACCGGAGAUCAAAAGUUACUUGUCCAAGGGGGAACGCUUCAUAAAAUGGGAUGAUGAAUCAUCUACAGCAUCUCCAGUCAUUCUACGUGUUGACCCAAAAGGUUAUUAUGUGUACUGGACUUUCCAGAGCAAGGAAAUUGAAUUUAUCGAAGUGACCAGUAUCCGAGACACGCGAUUCGGAAAAUAUGCCAAAAUCCCAAAGAGUCAGAAAUUACGAGAAGUCUUCAACCUGGACUUUCCUGAAAAUAAUUUCCUGGCCAAAACCCUUUGCAUCGUCACUGGGUCAGACAUGGUGGAUCUCACCUUUCAUAACUUUGUAUCCUACAAGGAGAACGUCGGAAAGGACUGGGCUACUGACAUCAUGACCAUCAUCACAAAUCCUAUUCUGAACAACGCUUCCCGUUAUUCCUUCUAUGAGAAAAUACAUGUAAAACUCACACUUCAAUUAAAUGCAGACGGAAAGAUUCCUGUACGCAAUAUUUUCCAGCUGUUUCCUGCCGACAGGAAGAGAGUAGAACAAGCAUUACACUCUUGUCAUCUUUCAAAGGGGAAAAAUGAUGCCAUCAACCCAGAGGACUUCCCUGAAACCGUCUUCAGAACGUUCCUGAUGUAUCUGUGUCCACGGCCAGAGAUAGAUGAAAUCUUCACUUCCCACCAUUCUAAAGCCAAACCUUACAUGACUAAAGAUCACCUCACCAAGUUUAUCAACCAAAAGCAAAGAGACAGUCGCUUAAAUGAGCUGCUCUUCCCUCCUGCAAAGAUUGAGCAAGUGCAAACUCUCAUACAAAAAUAUGAGCCCAGUGCCAUCAACAAACAGAGAGGGCAGCUGUCUCCGGAAGGUAUGGUUUGGUUCCUCUGUGGGUCUGAGAACAGUGUUGUGUCAAUGGACAAGUUACUUGUGAAUCAGGACAUGAAUCAACCUCUUACUCACUAUUUUAUCAACUCCUCUCACAACACUUACCUCACAGCUGGUCAGUUUUCUGGGGUCUCAUCCCCUGAAAUGUACCGACAGACUCUGCUCUCUGGUUGCCGCUGUGUGGAGCUAGACUGCUGGAAGGGGAAGCCUCCUGAGGAAGAACCCAUUAUCACUCAUGGAUUUACAAUGACUACAGAGAUCCUUUUUAAGGAUGUCAUUGAAGCUAUUGCGGAAUCGGCAUUCAAAACCUCUCCUUGUCCCAUCAUCUUGUCAUUUGAAAACCAUGUAGACUCUGCCAAGCAGCAGGCAAAAAUGGCCGAGUACUGCAGAACAAUAUUUGGAGACAUGUUACUGACUGAUGUUCUAGAAAAAUUUCCAUUGAAAGCAGGAUGUCCAAUACCAAGUCCCAAUGAUUUGCAAGGCAAAAUCCUGAUAAAAAACAAGAAGAACCAGGCUUUUUUAUCUUCAGAGAAGAAAGCCCAAACCAAUGACCCAGCAAGUGCAGAACAGGGAAAUUUUCUGACAAAUGAAAACUCAGAUAAUCAAGCAGAAGAGGAGGCAGGGAAAGAAGGUGAAAGUGAUGAAGUUGUAGAAAAUGUGAAUGAAGAAGAAAUUAAACAAAUGCAGUCAGAUGAGGGCACUGCUGGUCAGGAGGCAACAGCUUAUGAAGAGAUGUCAAGUUUGGUCAAUUACAUCCAGCCAGUGAAAUUUGAUUCAUUUGAGGUGUCUGCACAAAAGAAUCAAAGUUAUGUAAUUUCUUCAUUCGUGGAAACUAAAGCCUAUGAUCUACUGACCAAGUUCCCAGUGCAGUUUGUUGAAUACAAUAAGAGACAAAUGAGUAGGAUUUAUCCAAAGGGAACCAGGAUGGAUUCAUCUAACUACAUGCCUCAAAUGUUCUGGAAUGCAGGAUGUCAGAUGGUGGCGCUCAACUUCCAAACGAUGGACGUGGCAAUGCAGCAUAACAUGGGUCUCUUUGAGUUUAAUGGCAGAAGUGGGUACAUACUAAAACAUGAAUUCAUGAGGCGUGCAGACAAGCAAUUUGAUCCCUUUACAGUUGACCGUAUUGAUGUGGUUGUGGCUAACACACUUUCAAUUACAAUAAUUUCAGGUCAGUUCCUCAGCGACAAAAGUGUGAAAACCUAUGUAGAAGUUGAGUUGUUUGGACUGCCUGGAGAUCCUAAGCGAAAGUACAAAACCAAAUUAACCUCUACUGCCAAUUCAUUAAAUCCUGUAUGGAAAGAAGAGCCAUUUGUCUUUGAAAAGAUCCUAAUGCCGGAGAUGGCAUCUCUAAGAGUUGCAGCUUUUGAAGAGGGAGGAAAAUUCAUUGGUCAUCGGAUCAUUCCUGUUGAUGUGAUUAGAUCAGGUUACCAUCAUAUGUGUCUACGGAGUGAAAGUAACAUGCCGCUUACAAUGCCAUCUCUGUUUGUCUAUGUGGAGGUGAAAGACUAUGUGCCAGAUACAUGGGCAGAACUUACUCACGCUCUCUCAAAUCCCAUCAAAGCUUUCAAAGCCCAGGAGAAGUCAAUAAAGAUAAAUAACAAGACAUCUGAUGAGAAAACAAUCAAGCUCCACUCCAACGGCUCGUGUGGCUCUAUUAAACUGCCGAGCGCCUUACUGCAGAACUGUACCCCACGUAAAGGUUCAGCAAACUGUGCGAAAACGGAUCCUAUGAAUGAAGCAGCAGAACCAGAAACCACAAAUCAGGAUGAAUUACAAAAACAGAAAAGUUUUAUAAAACUUCAGAAGAAGCAUGAGAAAGAGUUAAAGGAACUGGAGCGCAAAGGAAUGAAGCGAAGGGAAGAGAUUCUUCAAAAGUAUUCUGGUGCCUUCAGUGACUUGCAUACCCAGAUGAACAAGAAGAAGACCAGCAAGAAAGCCAACAAAAAUCCAGAGGAUGACUACGGCUCAGUGUGGGGAGCUGGUGGAAUGCCAGGUAAACCAGAUCCUAAGGUUGUUGACUUGAAAGAGAAGCUAGAAGAGGAACUGAUGCGCCUUGGAGAGGAGCUGUAUGAGAGUAUCUGGAAGAAGAAAGAGCAGCAUUCCAUGGAGCAAAUCUCCAAACUAAUGGAGCUGGCGCAAGAAAAGCAAGCAGCAGAACUAAAAGUCCUGAAGGACUCAACAGACAGUGACACUAAACAGAUGAAGAAAAAGCUGGAGAUGAAGAGGCUGGAAAGACUUGAAGCCAUGAGCAAGAAUACAAUGGAUAAAGCUGCUCAGGAGAGGUUAAAAAAGGAGAUAAACAACUCUCAUAUUCAAGAAGUGGUGCAGGUCCUACAAAUGGUAUCUGAUAAAUGGAGCAACCAGCAACAGAAAUUAGAAGAAAGGCAGACUGAAGGACUGCAAAGAAUCAAAGAGCAAGGAGAGCAAACUCAAAAAGACCUUCAACUUGAAUACCAGGAAAAGGUGAAGAGCUUGGAGCUGGAAAUACCAACUCUGGUUCACGACUGCAUAGCACCAUGCUUUCCCUCAGAAGCCAAAUCUUUGAAAAAAGAGCCAGAAAACUGUCCAAACAGGUGGGAAUUUCUAUUUGCAAAACACGACAAAGUAGAAUCUCCCACCGUUACUGAAGAGGAGUCAAAAACCCAGAAUGACCCACCUGCAAAUGAGGUAGAAGCUGGAACUUUGGGCAGCAGCCCGGCUACAGAACCACUUUCCACAGCCGAUUCAGUGGGUGAGAUAUCUACAAAUGAGGCCUCAUCGAGUGACGCUCCAACAUCUUCAGACGUAGCGGAAAAGAUUUCCUCAGAGGAAGUAUCCACACAAUGACAACCUAUAGCCAGAACCUUGGGAACAUCUACCUAGUCAUUUAGGAUCUGCCUAUCGAUAGAACUGUUUUCUGUUUGGAAUGGACAAAAACAUUAGACUGGAAUUUAAAUUAUUGUGUUUGUGAUAAUCGAGGUGACUUGUAUUUGGGCAAUGGGAAUAUUAAUAUUUAACUGUAGAUGUUUGUGAUGGAACUCAGUGUAUCAGACAAGU